AAAGUCACAUAGAUUAACAUGGCAGAGGUAGAGCAGCUGCAUCCUCCACCAAGUAAUUACAAAUCCAGUGUGUGGAAACACUUUGGCUUUUAUAAGAAAGCUGGAAAUCUUGAUAAAACCCAUGCAAUUUGUAAAAUAUGUCGUGCCCCUAUAAAAUAUACAGGCAGCACGACAAAUCUGACAACACACCUGAAGCGCCGACACGGUGUGAGUUUGGAGACGCCGGCCGCCUCCUCCUCCUCCUCCUCCUCCUCCUCCUCCUCCUCCUCCUCCUCUCACUCGGAUUUAGCUGAACCUGCCACUGCUAGCGGGACGCCGGGUGAGCAAACGAUCAAAACUUUUUUUCAAUCGAAGUUGCCUAACAGUUCUGCUCGGUCCAAGGCAAUAACCGACGCAAUCGCCUUUUUUAUCUGUAAAGACAUUCAGCCUUACAGUGUUACAGAGAACGAGGGCUUCCAAUACCUCCUCCACGUGUUGGAGCCGAGGUACCACAUACCAGAUAGAAAGCUAUUCUCCGAGAAACAAAUCCCUAUUCUGUAUGACAAAGUCCGACGAGUGAUAGCCGAGUCAUUGAGCAGUGCCCAAAGAGUUGCAAUUACGGUUGAUGGCUGGACGUCUUGCGCCACUGACUCAUAUAUCACUGUCACGGCACACUAUAUUGACGAUGAAUGGGUUUUGCAAAACCACGUUCUGCAGACUAGAGUGUUCAAAGAGGCUCACACGGGGAGUAAUCUAGCAGUUUUACUGCAGGACGUUUGUCGUGAGUGGAACAUCAACGACAAGAAAACAGCGUUGGUCACUGAUAAUGCUAAAAACAUGAUACUGGCAGGAGUUGGUGCUGAGAUGGACCCCCAUGUGCGAUGCAUCGCGCACACACUUAAUUUGGCGUUGCAAAAAUCCCUCAAGGUAGAAAGGGUGUCAGAGCUUCUAGCAAAAGUGAGGAAGGUGGUAACAUUUUUUCACAGGAGCCCAAAAGCAACUGAAGUUCUGCGUGAAACGCAGGCCCAGUUACAGCUGCCAAACCACAAGCUAAUCCAUGAUGUUUCCACAAGAUGGAACAGUUCUUUUGAUAUGUUGGAACGUUUUUGGGAGCAGCAGCCUGCUGUGUUGAACACACUGUUGUCAAAGAAGAUAAAGAAGAGAGAAAACAUGGCCAGCAUGACAGAGGAAGACAUGACACUAAUCCAAGAGGUCAUCAAAUUGAUGUCCCCUCUGAAAGUGGCAACAACACUCCUCAGUGAGGAAAAAAACCCCACCAUCUCGAUGAUCUCCCCAAUCCAGGCCAAAUUACAGAAACAUUUCCAGUCAGAUGAAAGUGAUCUACCUGUAAUUUCCCAGAUGAAGGAACGAUUCAGAGAGGACUUUGAUGGUCGCUAUACAUAUCUCCAAGACCUCCUACACUAUUCUUCAGCCCUUGAUCCACGCUUCAAAGACCUGGCUUUCCUGGAUGACAGCGACACUAAGGACAUGAUAUUCAUGAAGCUAACUACAGAGGUGGUAAAGAUGGAUGAAAAGGCAGGGGACAGGAACACGCUGAAUGAGAGUCAGGCAGCUGAAACAGAAGUUGACAGGAGCCCCCACAGAGAGGAAGAGACAGAUGAUGUUCCUCCCAAGAAGAAAACGGCCUUGGACCAGAUGUUUGGGGAUUUCCACACUGCGAGACCACAGACGACAAAGAGCACAAGGGAGAGAGCUAAGGAGGAAAUUUUAAAGUACAGAGAAAGAGAUUCUUUAGGUCUGAGCGGUGAUGUGCUGCAGUGGUGGAAAAAACAAAUGGAUCUUCCACUGCUUUCAGCAUUAGCAAAGAGCUACCUCUCCAUCCCAGCUACAAGUGUACCCUCUGAAAGAGUGUUUAGCACAGCUGGAGAUAUAGUUACAGCAAAGCGCAGUUUGCUUCAUUGUAAUCAUGUGGAUCAACUGAUAUUUCUUAAGAAAAACCUUAAAAGAGCAUAUUUAAGUUAAAUUUAAUCUAAUGAGUCUGGUUUACAGCAGCCUGUGACUGCCUAUACUAGUUUAUUUUAUUUUCAUUAUUUUUUUUUUUACAUUUGAAUACAGUUAUGAGAUAACUGACAAAUUUUUUUUUUUUUGGUACUUCAUAUUAUUAUUGGUUAUGUCAAAAUAGCACCUGUUUUCUGUUCACGGAGUAAGCCUGUCUGCUGAAAGCACAUUCAUCUGCUAGCAUGUUAUGGAACAUUUCUUCAGUUUACCUCUGAGCAGCAUACUUAAAUUGUUUCACUGUUAAAUGUUUGAGCUUUUAAAAGUUUAAGUAGGUACAAAACAGGAAAAAAACAUUUGGUUUUAUUUAAUAUUUUUUUGCACUACCAAAGCCUAUUUGUAUAAGGUUCAUGCACUACAAAUCAGAAGGCACUUAAGUUAAUUUAUGUUUUGUUGUCUGAAACAAAGAAAUAAAAGUAUCUGUAACAUAAUGAAAUGCAUAUCAUGAUUUGUUUCAUUGCAUCAUACCGCAUCGAAUCGUGUUGAAUCGAAUCGAAAUCGGAUCGCACUGCAUUGUAACAGAGGUGUAUCGUAUCGUAUCGCAUCGCUAGCUGCUUCAUGUAUCUUUAAUGUAUCGUAUCGUUGGCUAUGCAUCGAGAUGCGUAUCGCAUCGGCCUCAGUUAUGGAGAUGCACAUC